AUGUUGAGAAUACUUAAAGGUUCCCAAAGCUCAGUGCUAAGGAAUUCGUUAAGGAACCGUUUUUCUCAUACCAAUGGGUCGUUUGUGUCGUUAAGAUUUAGCGCUUCGAGUGCUCCUGCCCAUGACACUUUUCUAUCUACAAGCAAUGUCGGAUAUAUCGAGGAGAUGUAUACCGCUUGGCAGAAAGACCCAGAAUCUGUUCACGUUUCUUGGAAUGCUUACUUUAAGAAUAUGGGCAAUUUGAACAUUCCAGCCUCGUCGGCCUUCACCGCUCCUCCAACUUUAAUUCCAACUCCUACAGGGCCUGGUGUGAACCCUGUGAUGCCUAUGGAGGGCGCUGCUUUGAGUGCCAACGUGGACAACAGCGUUUUAUUACAUUUAAAGGUGCAAUUGCUUUGUAGAGCGUACCAGGUGCGAGGCCACCAGAAGGCACAUAUCGAUCCGUUAGGGUUCUCUUUCGGUGACGAUAAAAGUAAACCUUUGCCAAGGGAACUAACUUUGGAAUACUACGGGUUUACAGAAAAAGAUUUGGACCAUGAAGUCCAACUAGGACCAGGUAUUUUGCCCCGUUUCGCUAGAGAUGGAAGAACUACCAUGAAGUUAAGAGAAAUUAUUGCAGCAUUGGAGAAGCUUUAUUGCUCCAGUUACGGUAUUGAAUAUGUCCACAUCCCAUCCAAGGAGCAGUGUGAGUGGUUAAGAGAGAGGAUUGAAAUCCAGAAACCUUAUGAAUAUUCAGUCCAACAGAAAAAGCAGAUAUUCGAUAGAUUGACUUGGGCUACCACCUUAGAGGUGUUCUUGGCUGCCAAGUUCCCUAACGUUAAGAGAUUCGGUUUAGAAGGUCUUGAAGGUAUUGUUCCUGGUAUUAAGUCCUUGAUCGACCGUUCCGUUGAACUUGGUGUUGAAGACGUCGUCAUGGGUAUGGCUCACCGUGGUAGAUUAAACGUGCUAUCCAACGUUGUUCAUAAGCCUAACGAGUCCAUUUUCUCAGAAUUUAAGGGCUCUUUCUCACCAGAUGACAGCGAGGGGUCUGGUGAUGUGCAGUACCACUUGGGUAUGAAUUACCAACGCCCAACUGCAUCAGGCAAAUAUGUUAACUUAUCUUUGGUUGGUAACCCAUCUCAUUUGGAAUCUCAGGAUCCAGUUGUUUUGGGUAGAGUUAGAGCCAUCCAGCACUCUAAGAACGAUAUCGGUACUUACAAAAAGGCUAUGGGUAUUUUGCUACAUGGUGAUGCUGCAUUUGCUGCUCAGGGUAUUGUUUACGAAACCAUGGGAUUCCUACAUUUACCAGCUUACUCAACUGGUGGUACCAUCCAUGUCAUUGAAAACAACCAAAUCGGUUUCACCACCGACCCAAGAUCAGCUAGAUCGACCCUGUAUCCAUCUGAUAUUGCCAAGGCAAUUGAGGCUCCAAUCUUCCAUGUUAACGCCAAUGAUGUGGAAGCUAUAACAUUCAUCUUCAACUUGGCUGCCGAAUGGAGAGCUGAGUUCCACACUGAUGUUAUUAUCGACGUUGUCGGUUGGAGAAAACACGGUCACAACGAGACUGACCAACCUGCCUUUACCCAACCAGUUAUGUACAAGAGAAUUUCUGAGCAAAGAUCUGUUUUCGACGUUUAUGAAGAGAAGUUGCUUUCUGAAGGUACUAUGACAAAGAAAGAAAUUGACGAGCAUGUGAAAUGGGUCUGGAAUGUGUUUGAGGAAGCCUAUGCUAAUGGUAAGGACUACCAACCAAACCCAAGAGAAUUGUUGACUGUUUUCUGGGAAAACUUUAAGACACCAAAGGAAUUGGCAUCCGAGAUCUUACCUCACAACCCUACAAACGUUGAUGCAGGAACUUUGAAGUCUGUCGCCAAGGCUAUUUCAAGCUGGCCAAAGGACUUCGAAGUUCACCGUAACUUGAAGAGAAUCUUGAGCAACAGAGGCAAAGCCGUUACCUCUGGUGAAGGUAUCGACUGGUCAACCGGUGAGGCCUUGGCUUUCGGUACAUUGUUGUUAGAAGGUUAUGAUGUCAGAGUUUCCGGUGAAGAUGUCGAAAGAGGUACAUUCUCCCAAAGACAUGCAGUCGUUCACGACCAGAAUUCCUUCAAUACUUAUACCCCUCUACAGAAGUUAUCGGAUAAGCAAGGUGACUUCACUAUCUGUAACUCCUCGUUGUCUGAGUACGGGUGUAUGGGUUUCGAGUAUGGUUACUCCUUGACCUCUCCUGACCAUUUCGUUAUGUGGGAAGCUCAGUUCGGAGAUUUCGCUAACACCGCACAAGUCAUUAUCGAUCAAUACAUAGCUGGUGCGGAAAUAAAAUGGAAGCAACGUUCUGGUUUAGUCUUGUCAUUGCCCCACGGUUACGAUGGACAAGGCCCAGAACAUUCCAGUGGUCGUCUAGAAAGAUUCUUACAAUUGGGUAACGAAGAUCCAAGAUUCUUCCCAAGUGAAUUGAAAUCUCAAAGACAGCACCAAGACUGUAACAUUCAAAUCGCCUACCCAACUACUCCAGCCAACUUGUUCCAUAUUCUAAGACGUCAACAGCAUCGUCAAUUCCGUAAACCAUUAAUUUUGUUCUUCUCCAAACAAUUGUUACGUCAUCCAUUGGCCAGAUCUGAUCUGUCCGAGUUCACCGACGGCGGCUUCCAAUGGAUCAUUGAAGAUGUGGAGCUCGGCAAAUCUAUUGGAACGAAGGAAGAAAUCACCAGAUUAGUUCUUAUCACCGGUCAAGUUUACGCUGCUCUCCACAAAAAGAGAGAAUCGUUGGGUGACAAGAACACGGCUUUCUUGAAGAUUGAACAACUACAUCCGUUCCCAUUCAACGCUUUGCGUGACGCCUUUAACACUUAUCCAAACCUAAAGGACAUUGUCUGGUGUCAAGAAGAGCCAUUGAAUAUGGGUGCUUGGUCCUACGUUUCUCCACGUUUGACUACUACAUUAAAAGAGACAGACAAGUACGCCAACUUCCCAUUCCGUUAUGUAGGUAGAAAUCCAAAUGGAGCAGUCGCGGCUGGAAGUAAAGGUCUCCAUGUUGCCGAAGAAGAAGCGUUCUUAAAGGACGUCUUUAAUGAAGAACAUUAA